AUGGAGACUCUGUCGUAUGUACUUCUGUUGAUUGCUUUUAUUAUUUUUAUCUGGCCAAUCGUAUUCAGAGACCGCUCACCUAUUCCCGAAACCUCAAAAAGAGUCUUCAAAAUAAUCGAAGCCGCCGAACUUGAUGCUCUUCUCUCCUCUACCACUUAUGUAGUGGUUGACUUCUAUGCGGACUGGUGUCCUCCGUGUCGCGCUAUUGCGCCUAUCUUUUCAAAAUUAGCAGAGGAUCACUCUUCGAAUGGUCAUCUCGCUUUCGUCAAGGUUAACGUCGACCAUGUCAAAAAUGUCGCCCAGCGAUACAAUAUCUCAGCGAUGCCAACCUUUCUGUUCUUUCGGGAUGGUGUGCCUCAAGGAGUAUCUGUGGAAGACACAAAGCCCGGCUGCUCUGUGACCUUCACUGAUAAGGGUUUGGUGGACAGAAUUCGUGGCGCAGACCGAGCAGCACUCGAGACUGCAGUUCAAUCAUUAUCGCUUAAGAACCAGGGUUAG